UCUUCAAGAAACUGUUGCCUUCGUGUCCCUGCGAGCCCCGCAUUCAAGCAUCGCUCAACUUGACGGAAUUCGAAAACAUGACCUCUUACUUCUUUGGCCGGCAUACGAUAAACUUGUUAAAUGCUGUGACGAGAAUCAAUCCACCUGUCACUAUGAAUGAAACGGUGCUUAUCAGCGAUAUUUUUCAGUUCCUGAGAAUGAAAAACAUAAUCGACGAGGUCGACGACAAGACUCUGCUGCGCCACCUGUCCUGGUUGUUUCUGCAAGGGUACGCUGCUGUGGCCUACCCCACGGCUGUUCUCCUCGUGCUCCAUGGCAGCGAACACCGUGCAGAAGAGGAAAGGCCUCGAUUCUGCGCUGGCCAGAUUGAGCCAGGCUACAAGCUUCUCAUUGCUGCCAUGGCCACUGUAGCUCAUUUUUCUGAAAACGAGCGGCGCAACAUCGACCACCUUCUGGGUGAUAUCCUCCAGGUGGCCGUGGACAAAACUUGGGCUUGUUCGUGGUUCGACAACGACACAAAGCAGGCCGCUGCAGGAAAACUCACAAACAUGUCCACCGUGGUUUGGCCCCCGGAGAAGUUCCUCGACCCGGAGGUGCUCGAGGAAGUAUACAAAGAUUUCCCCGACAACGCUUCUUCCUUUGCCGAGUACUGGAUCGAGACGCGUCGCCGCCAGCGCCUGUUGUUCGGCUCCGAGGCGUCCACUGCGGAACAGCUGCUGGGCGACAACACCCAUCCGCCAUACGCAGCAUACGUGCAAUUGCUCAACCACCUGUCUCUUUCACUCGGAGCACUGGCACCGCCUCUGUACUAUCCGGACGGCACCAAUGCCAUGUUAUACGGAGGUGUCUUGUAUUUAUACGCCCGGGCACUCAUCACUGCCGUUGGCAACGAGGGAUUUACGGUGAGCAAGAGCCUCAAAGAGUGAAGCUGCAAAUA